AUGUUUCCUAACAAGACGCAAAAUACUGUCAAUCUUCAGUUCUUGGCCCAGGUUGAGGAUUUGGAUCAGUGUAGUCGAUAUAAUUGGGGAUCGGCACUGCUGGCUGGUUUGUACUCUGGACUGAACGAGACAUCACAGUACACCGUGCACGACGCCACUGGCUGUCCAUAUUUGCUACAGGUACGUAUUAGCAGCACCCCACCUUUUAGAGAUCAAUUAACAAGCCUGCGUGUUGAAGAUUUUCGGUGGCAACCAUAUGCAAAGGUCCUUCAUAGACUCCCUGAUUUCUGUGAAGUAUUGCACAACAUUCGCGUGAGUUCUGAGAAGUUUAGAGAAAAACGAGAAGAAGAGAAUCUCCUAGAUGAAGAACUCGACAAGCAUUUGGACGACAUCAUCAAUCAAACACAUGCUGCUUUAACCCUGGGUGCAAAUGAUGAGAUGGACAUAGAGGAUACCCAAAUCCUGGUUGAUGAAGAACCAUCUUUGCCCUCACAACCUGCGCCAGAUUACCUCGCAGAUAUUACUGCAAUUCCUGGUCUUAAGGAGACCAGGGAGUAUAUUUUGCUUAGCCGUAAGAGGUGGAUUGCUAUGGAAGCGAUAGAAUCUUUUGCCCAAGAACUUGAAGGUCUGGAGCGUAGAAGAAAAAUGGCAAUUCACCUUUACGCAAAAACAAAAUACGACAAGGGGCUUGACAUAUGGAAAACUGAGACUAAGCAUUUACUCGAAGAACUUGAGGAGAUCUAUAAACUUGGAAAAGAUUUGAGGAAUAGCUGCCAGCAUAUCUACAGAUACAUUCCAAGAGCUGUUGAAGUGGACAAUCUUGUUGCUACUCUCAGAAGCCUUAACGAGUUAAUUCUUACCCAUGGAGAGGAAGUGGCGGCGAUUGCCCAAUUAAUGGACUCUCUGGAUGGUUGGGACCCGAAGAUCAGAGUCUUUACCAGUACUGACCACAUUCCUCGUCAAACUCCGACAGGAAGGAUGAUUAAACUUGCAAUUGAAUACACUUCUGGACCGAUGGCCCCCACGGGAUCCGCCAAUGAACAAGACGAGGUUGCAGUCUUACGGAGGUGGAAAGAAAGGCUUCUUCAAAGUAUUGGCCGGAGUUUCUUAGGACACAUGACGCCUCUUGUAAAGUUUUACUUCGUUGGACUUGGAUCUGCGGGUGGUGUGGUGAAGAACGUUUUAACACCUGUUGCUGGAGAAAAUUCGUGUUUUAGUCUAACUGAAGGGUCUCCCAGUAUUUUGAAGUUCAAAUUCUAUGUUCGCCAUAAUCUUGUCUUCGGCCUCAACUAUAGAAAUACCUUUUUGAUUGGUGGAGUAAAAGGUUAG